AUGACCCCAUCGCCUGGCGCAGGGCGACCUGUAGCGCCUGUGGCGCGCGCUAAUGAGGCGGCCACACGCGAGCCUGUGCAUCAGCAUGAGCAUGAACAACACGGACACAAACACGUGACUCCAGGCGACACGUAUAAUGUCGACAGUGACGAGUUUUCAGAUUCUGACGAGUCGCUCGCAGAGGAAGAAUACGAGGCCCUUGUGCAGGAAGCCGAGGGUGGAUAUACAGAUGACCAAGUUGCCGAGCUGGUGACACAGUUGAAGGAAGAUGGAUUGGUCAACUUCCUUCGCGGGUAUCUGUCCGAAGGCCAGAGUCUGCGCAAGUUGCUCAUCGGGCUUGGUAUUGUUCCUCCACGUCACCUCCGCGAAGCCUCUACACCCGACCUCCUCCUCCUCCCCUUUGUCAAGAUGGCUUUGUCGCGGGUAUUGCGCCGGCGCUCAAAGUUGGAACAAUACAACACCGUCUCGGACGCCGUCGACCUCCUUCGCAAUGCGAAACGGAUAAUGGUCCUCUCCGGCGCCGGCAUCUCUACAUCCUGCGGUAUCCCAGACUUUCGUUCCUCUACAGGCCUCUACGCAAAUCUCCAAGCCGAGGGCAAGUACGACCUCGACGACCCACAGCAGAUGUUUGACAUCUCCUACUUCCGCGAAAAUCCAAUGGUAUUCUACUCGUUCGCCAAACAGAUCUAUCCCAGCAACUUUGUCCCGUCGCCUUGUCAUCGAUGGAUCAAACUUCUCGAAGAUCGGGGAACGCUACUGCGGAAUUACACUCAGAAUAUCGAUACACUCGAGAGCCAGGCUGGGGUUACGCGGGUACUCCAAUGUCAUGGAUCGUUUAAGACAGCGUCAUGUCUCCGCUGCAAAGCCAAGUUACCAGGCCAAGCUAUCGAGGAGUAUAUUAUGGAACAGCGGAUCCCAUAUUGUCCCACCUGCAGUGCUGAGCGCGACACCCAGAUUGCCGCUGCCAAGGCCAACCGCGCCAGGAAGCCGAAGAAGAAUACGGAAUGGGACGAUGACAGCGAUUCGGACUUUGAUCCGUGGGAUAAAGGCGAGCCGGGCAUCAUCAAGCCCGACAUUGUCUUUUUCGGGCAGGCCCUCGAGUCGGAGUUUGACGAAUGCCUGUUCCGCGAUAGGGAGGUGGUCGAUCUCCUCGUCAUCAUUGGGACCAGUCUCAAGGUCGCACCUGUGAGCGAGGUGUUGUCACACAUCCCACACUCCGUCCCUCAGAUCUUCAUCAACCUCACUCCUGUCACGCAUAUGCGUCCCGACAUCAUGCUUCUCGGCGACGCAGACAGUAUCGUGACCUAUCUGAGCCGCGAGUUGGGAUGGGCAAUCCCGCCGGCCGCGGGGGAAAAACCGCUGGCUGUGACACCCGACGACGCGACGUGGGUCAAUGGCGAGGGCGAGUGGGCGCACGUCCACAUGCUGCGGUCCAAGACGGAGGCUGAAGCGUUGGCGCUGAGCGGGCAGACGAUCCGCUUGACUGUGGGUGGUGAUUCCGAUUAUUCGGAUUCCGAGGAUGGGAGCCAGAACCAAGGGGGACACGGGGAAGGGGAAGGGAAGGUGCAAGAGGAAGGGGGAGAUGGAGGGGACAUGGACGAGGGCGCAGAUGACGAGGGAGAUGGGGGGUUGCGCCCGCCCAAUAUGCGUGGGUCAUCGUCGCAUUCCGACCGCCCGGCUAAGCGGUCGCGCAUGGGUAGCCCUGCAUCUGGGGAGAGUGAAGAAAUGGAGCAGGCCAAGCGCUCGCGUGUGGCAACCCCGGCUCCCCACGGGUCCGCGCCCGAGGUUGUGGGUCCUUCCGCCGCCGAGGCCAUGGGUCCCUCCGCGUCCAGCGAUGCGUGA